CAUUGCCCUCCCAACCAAGUAAAGUAUCUAACCUUAACUUAUUUAAGGACCCCACCUCUCAUUUCAACCCAUUCUCUUCCCAUUUCCAAUCUAUUUCCCAAUUCCCUCUUCUCAUCUACUCAAUAAUCUCAAUGGCUGUGGUGGAAUUGAAGGUGGGGAUGCACUGUGACAGAUGCAUCAAAGCUAUAAAAAAGGCUAUCAAGAAGAUUGAAGACAUAGAAACCUACAAGCUAGACACAACUCUCAACAAGAUUACUGUCACUGGAAAUGUUACAGCUGAGGAAGUGUUUAGAGUCCUUCACAAGAUUGGGAAGAAUCCAAGCCAAUGGAAUGAUGAUUAAUCAAGAUUAGAUGGGCUAAAUCCUACCGUUGAAACGAAAAGAGAAGAUAUUUCUUCACAGAUUUCCAUCGCUGCCAUGGAAUUUCUGAAUUUGAUGGGACCAUCCCGGUUGCGCGCGACUAUCGGCAUUCGAUCUUGAAGGACACUAUGUGGGAACUAAGUAAUCAAUGAUCAUGUAUUUUUUCCUUUUACAAUUUAGAUCACGAAAUGAUGUGUUUUACGAACUUAAGUGAUCAAUAAUCAUGUUUUUUUU